UACAGCGCAGCAGAGCUGUUUAUCAUACUGAAAGCGAAAUUCUGACAGUAACACAAGCAUAACUGGAGGGCUUUAAGACUGUUUGGGGGAUUUCAAGAAUGAAAACACAGAGAGCUUUGUUCAUUAUAUAGAAUUAAACUUUGGCUUCUCUCAGUUUUGGACACGGUAAGGACACGGUCAAAAUGAGCCAGUACUACUUAUCCAGUGUGAAUGACUUGCAGUCUAUGGAGGCCAUAAGUAGGCUCAUGCAAGAGGGUAUUUGGUCUCUCAGUAACAUGUGCACAUCCCUCUUUAAUGCACAUGUAGAUCCAGUCACUGACAUGUGCUCCAAUUUUCAACAAAUCAGGGGACACAUCGAGCACGCCGAUCGGUGCUUGAAGGAGUCAGAGAGAAUACUGAAAGGAAAGCUGACAUGUUUGGACGAAUGCAUGGUACGACUUACGAAAGAGCAGCAACACGUUCAGCAAGAGAAGCAAGAGAAAAACCUGACCAUUGAAACAUUACACAGAAGGAAGAAAUCUGCUGAAGAGUCAUUAAACGCUUCUAAUGCAGCUGUGAAGCAAGCGGAAAGAAACCAAGAGGCGGCAGAAUAUGAGCUAGAAAAAAUGGAAGAGAUGAAGACCAGUGGUAAAUUGGUGGUAAUUGCAGGGGCCGUCAUUACUGCAGUACCAGUUGUUGGGUGGUUUGCUGGUCCACCGAUAUUGUUCGACGGAAUAGAAACAAUUGUCAAGGCUGAAGCUGCCAUCGUAAAUGCUAAAAACGAGGUAAAAGAGUGCAUGUCUCAAAUGUGGAAGCACACAAUAAAUAUUGAAGACUACAGGAGCAGAAUCUCCAAAACACAGAAUGAGAUUAAGCGGACCAACCAGACGCUCAAUAAUGUUCAGAGCAAUAUUGAAUGGCUGCAGCAGCGCCUAGUGGCCAUAGCUCAAAUUCAGCACAAUUUCAAGGCAGCUGUCUACCACAUGAAUGUUCUUAGUGGGCGGGUCAAUGUACUGGAGAUUCACACUGGAGGUUGCAUUUACUGGGAGCCUGUGAUCAAGAUUAUUCAAGAUGUGGGGAAUGCAGUAAUAACUAUUGCACAUAAUCAGCUCCUCAAUGGUCAGAAUGUACCGGCUCUUAUAAAUACUUUGAGUGAGAAUAUUAGAGUAAUUUCGCAGCAGGUUUGCCAGUAACUUACUGUAGAUUUAAUGUACAAUUUUGUUUUAAGCAUAAACUUACCUAGUUUAUAUAUUUUUCUUUCAUAAAACAAGACUAAAUACCUUGGGUCACUUUUCUUGUUAUGUAAAUGUAUCGUAAUAUUUUAACAGAAAACAAAAGAAAAAUGCUUAGGAAGAAUGUCAUUUUUUGCAGAGUUUGCUGUGCUAAUUCCAGUCUCUUCUUGCUCAUUUUGAAUCUCAAAAGUCAAAGUGUUUUAAUUUUUAUGAAAGUAUUUGAAAACAGUACUAAUUGGAAAGUAUAUUAAGUAGUAAUUAAAUCUACAGUAAGUUACAGUAAGUUACUGGCAAACCUGCUGCAAAAACUACAGCAAAGUUUUACACUGUAGGACUGAAUGUUUAUUUGUUUAUUAUGUUUAUUUUAUAAUCAGCCAUUCAAGCACUGUUUACAUUUGUUAUUAAACACAUAUUUCCUCGUGUCACAUAUGUUUUUAUUUAUUUGGUUUAGUUUCUAAAUGAUUUUAGUGUGUUCACAUCUUUCACAUCUUCUGAAGGCAUUUCCAGAGUCUCGUCCCACCAGCACUUCAUUGUCUUUUAAAACUCAGUGAAAAGCACAGACAUUUUCAUAGAAAUCCGAUUGCUCUCGGACAAUGCAAGUUCUCUUGGAGGACAUAUGGGAAUGUAAAUCAGCAGCCAAAUGAACCAAUUCACCAUUCAUUUGCAUACUGCUAUUGCCCCCUCAGUUGCUCUUUUGGCCGAUUCCCCUUGACCCCCUGGAACAGCCUCACAACCAGUCAACCUGACCUUAGCUUGGCUGACCUCACCUUCACACCGCUCUGAAGAGCAAGCAGCACCGGUUGGUACCUCAGACCAUCACUGCCCACAACAGAAUAACAGCUCUUUAAGUUUCUAUUUGAAAUCAAUUAUUGGUGUGAUGAUGUUGAUAAAUCAACUGGAUGCAGAAAUAAAAGUACUAAUAUUAUCCUGUCAAGCUACACAGAAAUGAUAGAUUUAACUGACUAUGCCAAAAACGGUCCUACAGAUCCAAGGUUUAAGAUUCACUUGCACUUCUUGCACUAUAUCUCACUUUGUCAGGAAAACUUUGUAUGUUACGCAAAUAUAGUCAUAGGUAAUACUCCUACUUUACCAUGAGGCAGAUAAAGAUGGGGCCAAUAGUGAGUAGAAAAUAAUUCAUGCAUUGAAAACAAGGUUAAAAUUUAACUUCAUUCAGUCUUUAAAAAUAAACAUGAAAGGCUACUGUAUUAUAUUUAUAUAAUGUUCAGUCUGACUUCAUCUGACUAGAAAUGAUGAUAUUAAAAACCCUGAGAUUGAGACAUUCCUUAUCUGGACUGUACUCCCCUUUUAGGGUAAAAUA